AUGCAACUCCACGUACAUUACGGCGACCUUAACGCUGAAAUAAACAACACGUUAAGGAAGUUUUGGGAGGUGGAAGCGCCUCCACCGGUAACGUUCCUCUCCGAAGAGGACAAAAAAUGUGAAGAACAUUUUCGGCAGACUCAUUCGCGUAAACCCGACGGCAAAUACGUAGUGCGAUUGCCGUUUAAAUCAGAGCCUCCCAUCGAUAUCGGGGCUUUGAAAGGAAUCGCGGUCGCCUCCUUUUAUAGAUUGGAGAAACGGCUCGCCAAAGACGCGGAACAAGCUACGGCUUAUCACUCCUUUCUGGGGGAAUACCUGCAGCUCGGUCAUAUGCGGGAAUUUCUUGAAACAGACCCUCCUUCUGAGCAAAAGGUCUAUUUGUCGCAUCAUCCGGUCAUCCGUCAAGACAGCAGUACGACAAAAUUGAGAGUGGUUUUUAACGCGUCGAUGCCUACGUCAAACGGCUCUACGCUAAACGAUCAUUUACUAGUUGGUCCGAAAUUGCAAGCUGACCUCGCGGUCACGAUUUUACGAUGGCGCAUGUAUCAGUUCGUGUUCGCAGCAGAUAUCGCUAAAAUGUUCCGGCAAAUCUGGAUCGAUCAUCGCGACACCGCCUACCAGCUGAUAGUUUGGCGCGUUAAACCCGAAGAUCAGUUGAAAACAUAUGAAGUGCUUACCGUGACAUACGGGACGGCCCCAGCGCCCUUCCUCGCGAAUCGGGUCAUCAAACAACUCGCGCUGGAUGAGGGGACUAAUUUCCCUCUCGCGGCUCCUAUCCUGAAUGAGCACCUCUACGUUGACGACGCGCUUUUCGGGGCCGAUGAUCGAGUGUUGGCUCGUCAAACACGGCAGCAGGUAACGGAUGCCCUCAGACACGGAGGUUUCCACCUAAGAAAGUGGUCAAGCAAUUGUCCACAGUUAUUAGCGGAGAUCUCCCACGUUGAUCACGAGCUGGCCUCGAGCCGCUUAUUUCAAGAUGCCGAAGGAUUAAAAAUGUUGGGAAUCCGUUGGUUACCGAAAUCGGACGAAUUUCGAUUUCAAUUUAAGCUCGACUCCGCUAGUACGGCGAAUCCGACUAAGCGCGGGGUUUUGUCGAAUAUCGCGCGAAUCUUUGACCCAUUGGGGUGGAUUUCUCCCGUCGUUAUCGUGGCCAAGAUCUUCAUGCAAAGAUUAUGGGUAGCCAAGUUAGAUUGGGACGAACCUCUACCUUGCGAACUAACCAACCAAUGGCGCGAAUAUUCCGCGGAGUUUAACGAUUUACGAAAGAUGCUUCGCAAGACGCCUAUGCGGCUGUGA